AGCGCUGUUUACAUCCGCAAACUGCAGCGCAUCGGCUCGACGCGGCGCUCAGCUGGGAUCAGCCUCUUCCUGGUCACAGCGCCGGACAAACGCCAGGAGAGAGGAGUCCACCUGCAGGACGCAGGAGCGUCUGGAAGCAGCUUUCUGAUGAAGCUCCUGGAUAAACUCAUGCGCUUUUCCGUUUCUCUGCUUCAAACGGUUAAAAGUUAAACAGGGAAGGAGGCGCAAAGAUGGAGCCGGACCCCGAAGGUCCGUUUCAGCGGGCGGAGAGGACGCUGGUCUCAGUCUGGUGUUACAUAACCGAAGCUGUGAGCAGAUUCCUGAGGCCACAAACAGUUGAAGCCACCGAUAAUAACCCAACGUCCUCAGAUGAACCUGGAGUCGACGGCGAGCCUGCUGACGGUAGCCUAAAAGAUGAUGACGCCAGAGGGGUAGAAGUCGGCGAGGAAGCGUCUCUUUCGACUGUUUCUCUUGUUAGCUUGUCUUCCCCAGUUGUUGCCUGGGAGCGCUGCACUGCAGACAUUGACUUGAAGCCCAAAGAAGAAGAUCAUGAGAACAAAGAGGACCUAAUAGAGGAACAGAUCGGUAAAACAGGAAAUGACUUUGCAGGCCAGCUGGUCACAGAAAGUGCAAAGGUACAUCAAGGCAGUCAAGAUAAAACUGAUAUUGAAAAAUGUGACACUUGUGAGGAAAGUCUGGCUCCUGAAAACGAUGGACAGCGUGCAACUGGUGGAUCUGGGCAUGAAUGGGUUAAGGAGGGAGUGUUUGAGGACAUGGAUUCAAGAGAAAUAAGACCGCGUGAUCAUCAGAAAGUGCUGGAAACCUUGGCGGACAUUGAGGAAGAAGCUGAAGAAAAGUCAGAGGAGAAAAGCAAUGAAAAGACAGGAGAUCAAAAGGUCAACAAAGCUUCUGCAGCAAUUCUAGGAGAUGCAAACAUCAGUGAGGAUGCAUCACAGCUGAGCUCUGGUAAUGAAAACUUCUCAGAUGAGAAAACUAAAGAUGUAGAAACUCAGCUUAGACAGUUAUCAGAGGAUGAGAAGGUCCAGAUGAGUGUCUCUGAAGAAGCUGCAACAGCAGAAGAGUCAGAACAGGUCAAGAGCGGACGGACGACCGAAGAUAUUUUAACUCAAAGUGGCACAAGUAGCAAAGAUGUGCAAGAAACAGAGCCAGACACGACCGAGUUUACAAUUAGAGAAGAGGAUGUGCUGGUCACCAGUAUGCAAACUGCAGAGGAAGAUGUGACCAUGGAGGAAAUAUCAGCAGAUCUUGAUUAUGAGAUGGCAGAAGGCAAAAAUCUCUCAGCUGAAAAUGAAAACUCAGCAGAGCAAACGCAACAAGUAGAAACUCAGCAACUGGUCUGCAAAGAGUUGUCAGGUGUGGCAGAAGAUGAGAGGGUUGAGGAGGAAAAGGAUGAUAAGUCUGCAACACAUGAAGAGUCAGAGGACAGGAAGAGUAGCAGAGGAGAUGAAGAUGUCCAACAAGAGGAAAAUAUUUUAAACCAAAGUGCCACAAGCAGCGAGGACGAUCAAGACACAGGAGAGGAGCAGUUCAACCAAACAGACAGCGACCAAUCCUCUGAUGAAGCCAAAGAAGACGUGGAGGAAGAGUGCAGUGAAAUCCAGGAAGAUGAUGCAGAGGAAACUGAAAAAGACUUUGAGGAAAAGAGUGAAGUGCCUGGAAACGACGAAGAGGAAGCAACUGUUGGAUCUGAACAUGUGCAGUUAAAGCAGGAGGUGACAGACGGGAUUGAGUCAAGUGAAGAAGAGGAGCAUGUGAGACUGGAUGAUCGCUGGAAAGUGUUGGAAACCUUGGCGGACAUUGUGGAAGAUGAUGAAGAAGAAGCUGAAGAAGACUCUGAGGAGGAAAGCAAGAUGCAUGAAAGCACCCCAACAAAGGAGGAAGAGUGCAGCAAUGAAAAGACAGAAGAAGAAAUGGACAAUAAAGCUUCUGCAGCAAUGCUGGAAGAUGCAAACCUCAGUGAAGAUGCAUCACAGCUGAACUUCUCAGACCAGAAAACUAAAGUAGAAACUCUUCUCCCUGUCUGCAAAGAUGAGCUAACUGAUAUCAACGUUCAGAUGACUGUUUUUGGAAAUGAAGAUUUAAAUCAGACAACAGAUGAAGAGUUAGAAGAGGGCAAGAACAGAAGGACAAUAGAAGAGGAGGAAGAUGUCACCAUUUUGCAAACUGUAGAGGAAGAUGUGACCGUGGAGGAAAUAUCAACAGAUCUUGAUUAUGAGAUGGCAGAAGGCAAGAAUCUCUCAGCUGAAAGUGAAAACUCAGCAGAGCAAACACAACAAGUGGAAACUCAGCAACUGGUCUGCAAAGAGUUGUCAGGUGUAGCAGAAGAUGAGAGGGUUGAGGAGGAAAAGGAUGAUAAGUCUGCAACACAUGAAGAGUCAGAGGACAGGAAGAGUAGCAGAGGAGAUGAAGAUGUCCAACAAGAGGAAAAUGUUUUAAACCAAAGUGUCACAAGCAGCGAGGACGAUCAGGGACAGUUUAUCCUAAAAGGAAACAACUCUGCAGAACAGCUGAUUAAUGAAAACAUGACUGAACAUCAACUUGGACUAGAGAAAAAGUUGCACACUUCUUCAGGAACAGAAGUGAUUAAAAAUAAAGAAAAUACAGCCAAUGAGGCAAAUUAUGAAGAGCUGGAAAAAAGAGGUGAUGGAGAUGUUGUUGGGGAAGAGUCUGUGAGCAGAAAGAGAGUAGACGAGGUCGCAAAAGUGGAUGAAGUUAAAGAAGAGUUGGAGGAAGAGAGCGAUGAAAUCCAGACGGAUGAUAGAGAAAAAAAUGAAGAAGAGAUCGAGGAAGAAAGUGAGGCAGAACAAUUUACCGCUGAUGGAGACACAGGAGAACAAAGGGAGGGUGACAAUACAGCUGCAAACCAACAGACAACAGAAGAGUCAGAAAACGAUAAGGGCAGAAGAACAAAUGAAGAGGAAAAUAUUUCCACCCAAAGGGUCACAAGCAGCGAGAUUGAUCAGAGGACAGAAGAGGAACAGUUUAGCCAAACAGGAAACGACUCUGGAGAUCAGCUGAUCACUGAAGACAUGACGACACACCAACUUGGAGUAGAGACAACCGAGAUCCAAAACUUUCACACUUGUGAAGAAAUAGGAAGGGUUGAAAACAAAGGCUUUCAGGAAGAGAGAGAUGAAAUACAGGAAGACAAUCGAGAUGAAGACUUUAUGAAAGAAGAGAAAGAAGAGCAAAAGGAAGGCGAGGCUGGUCCAGUGAUCCUAGGAGAUGCUAACAUCUGUGAAGAUGCAUCACAGCUGAAAUCUGAAAAUGAAAACUCAGCAAAGAGAACAGAACAAGUGGAAACUCAACACUUUGUUUGCGAAGAGUUGUCUGGUGUGGUUGAGGAGGAAGAGUCUGUCACAUGUGAAGAGGCAGAGCAGGACAAGGGUAGAGAAGUUGAAGAUGUCAGACAAGAUAAAAAUAUUUUAAACCAAAGUGCCACAAGCAGCGAGGACGAUCAAGACACAGGAGAGGAGCAGUUCAACCAAACAGACAGCGACCAAUCCUCUGAUGAAGCCAAAGAAGACGUGGAGGAAGAGUGCAGUGAAAUCCAGGAAGAUGAUGCAGAGGAAACUGAAAAAGACUUUGAGGAAAAGAGUGAAGUGCCUGGAAACGACAAAGAGGAAGCAACUGUUGGAUCUGAACAUGUGCAGUUAAAGCAGGAGGUGACAGACGGGAUUGAAUCAAGUGAAGAAGAGGAGCAUGUGAGACUGGAUGAUCGUUGGAAAGUGUUGGAAACCUUGGCGGACAUUGUGGAAGAUGAUGAAGAAGAAGCUGAAGAAGACUCUGAGGAGGAAAGCAAGAUGCAAGAAAGCACCCAAACAAAGGAGGAAGAGUGCAGCAAUGAAAAGACAGAAGAAGAAAUGGACAAUAAAGCUUCUGCAGCAAUGCUGGAAGAUGCAAACCUCAGUGAAGAUGCAUCACAGCUGAACUUCUCAGACCAGAAAACUAAAGUAGAAACUCUUCUCCCUGUCUGCAAAGAUGAGCUAACUGAUAUCAACGUUCAGAUGACUGUUUUUGGAAAUGAAGAUUUAAAUCAGACAACAGAUGAAGAGUUAGAAGAGGACAAGAACAGAAGGACAAUAGAAGAGGAAAAAAAUGAGUUUACAUUUAAAGAGGACAAUGUCACCAUUAUGCAAACUGCAGAGGAAGAUGUGACCAUGGAGAAAAUAUCAGCAGAUGUUGAGGAGAGGCUUUCUGACAAAGAGAUCUGUAUGAAAAGAGUUUGCACAACCGCUCCACUUACUGUAAAAGCUGGAGGCGAGUCUGAACGGGAAAUAAACAUUGGCUUUAGCGAAAUUCCCUCGGGGGUAAUUGAAGGCCAGGCUGGCCUGUCUCACGAGCUCAACACCAAGGCGUGUGAGGAAACUCCAGAGGCAGUUCCUGAGCACAACAAUGAACUCGACUCAGAUGAAAAUACCACACAAAGGUUCUUCGAGGGAGGAAAUUCAGAGGAAAUUCAGAUCAUUCACUUACCAGAAGAGGUGGAGGUCUUUAAAAGCUCCGAAGCAGGAGGAGGUGAAUAUUCACUGAUGAGCGAAGGCAGCACAGAGGAAAGCAAGAAGGAGUUGCAGGUUGGAACGCUUCAAUUUGCAGAAGAUACAGAGAAGCCAAAAAGCGACAACGUAAAUCUGGAAUUAGAUCAUUUUUCAAAGGAAGAAAAGGUCGAGUUACUGGAUACUUCAAUGAAGACAGAGAUCAAACAAUCAGAUGAGGAAUUUGAGACUGAACUGGAGGAUGAGGACGAAACAGCUGAACGGGAAACAAACAGGCUGCCCCGAGAUGUCUGUGAGAAAAGAAACGCUGUAGCAGCUGAUGAAGGAGUUGACUCUGCAGAUGAAACUCCUGAAUCCCCCAAGAGUGAAGAAGGGAAGAUGACACAGAUAAGUCUUGGUCCAGAACUUGUACAAGCUUUUAGAUUGGAGGAUGACCGUGAGAUCAAGCCUCAAUUAUUUGAUGAAAGUGCCACUGAACUUCCGCAGGUGAGGUUUAACACUGAAGAACAAGAGUACGUUGACGAAGGUCAGCCGGAGCAUGAAGUCCUGGAUUUAAAUGAGAUUACGACUCUUCACUUAGUGGGGACAGCAUCUGAUCUGAUCACAGGACAAUCAGCCUUAUCUCAAUGUCAGAUAACCACAGACACAGAAACAGCUGAUGAAUCUAAGGCGACCCUUGGUGAAAUUACAAAUGAGCCGCAACAAACGGAGAAACACUCAGAAGAUCCAGCUGAAGAACAUCAAGAUGGGAUUGAUGAAGAAAUCCUUGAUUUGUGGAUCGAGACAGCGAUGUCAAAGGACACUGGUGGUAUUAAAGAAGACCAACUGAAAGAGGAACCAGGCGAAACAUCAUCAGAGGAGAAGAGAGAGGGAGUAAUGGAGGCAAUUUCAGAAGAAACAGAAACUUCUUUUACCACACUGGACUCUGGGUUUUUGGACCAGACCUUCAGUGAGACUCAGAUAAUUAAAUCAGGAGACAGUGGAGUACUUCCCAACAAAAAUGACAAUUCAGAAGACACCUGUGAAGUUCUUACGUCUAACUCUGAAUCUGCAUUGAUCGAAGAAAUGGUUGAAACUCUUCACCCUUACCCGAUAGCGGAGGGAGCGUCCGGUGAGAUCGGAUCCUGCCCCGAUUCAGGAGUUUCAUCACCAGAACCAAAACAUCCAAAUCAGGAAGGAGGUACAGCUGAAGAGAAGCAAGAUGAACCUAAACCAGAGACAGACGCAGUGAGUGGAGCCGAUGAAGAAGCAGAUGUUACGUCACUGACAGAAGCAACAGAGUCUGACAUCUCCAAGGAAAGAGUUUUGACUGAAUCGCCUUCUGGAGGUGAACCUCAAAAUGAACCUGAGGAAAAACCUCCAGAAGAUCUCAGCGAAUCAUUUCCAGCCCCAAGCAGGACUGAGCUGGAAGAAGAUUGGAGCGAGGUUGAUGCUGCCAUGCUUGAUUUUGCAGUGCAAAAGUCUCGCAUUGCGGUGAAAAACCCUCGUGCUAGGCCCCCAACAGACCCCCGCUCCUUAAUCCAUAAACCGUCUGUGGAUCCAACUCCCUCCCUGCCGGUGCCUGGUAAAGUUCCUGUGGGUGUGCCGUUAGGCGGCUUGGGGAUUGGGAUCAAACUGCCUGGGAUUGGAGCAGGUUUUCCUGUUUUAAAGAAGACACAACGGCCCCCAAGACACGAAGCGGAAACACAAUCACAGGAAUCUGAGGAGAAAAAGGAAGAGGAAGAGAAGAGUGAUGCUGCCAAAACGGAUGAAGCACCAAAGAGACCCAAAUGGAUGCCACCUGCACAACCAGGAUUUGGAAAUCCACUCAUGUCUGAACUCAAGACCAAGCUGAAGAAAACUCCCAAAGAGUGAAAACAAUAUUCCGAAUGCUUUCUGUGAAUAGCUCAAUAUGUUAUAAAUAUUGCUCUGUUUUUGUCUUUCAUCAAGCUAAAAGCAUUGAUGAGAUUUUCAUGCUACAUACUUUUCUUUGGUAAUAAAGCAAAACCAAAUACAAA